GCUUCUCUUCCUGCCUCCUAAUGGACUGAGCUCAUGCUGCUAAAUAACAGACCGGCCAUCGUGAUGGUGGAACGACGAUUAUGAAGACACAAGGUUCAACCAUGUCGCCAAAUGUUUGGAAAAACGGCCUGGCCGUCCUAGCGCUGUUGGGCCUCGUCUUCCUGCUGCGCAACAUCAGUAUUUUGGAGAACUGGAACUGUAACACGGUAUCAGCGCUGUCGCAUCUCCAGAACCGCAUCCAAUCCUCCUUGUCUGGACCCGUCCCGGUCUACCACCACAAUCACUCCUUCUGUGCACAUCUGGGCCAGAAACCCUCGCUGGAAGAAGAGCUGGAAGAGAGCUACUUGUUGAGUUCCAUCGCCUGGCCCGGGCCACCCUCUGGCUCGGGACCCGUCACCCUGCUGAGGACCAGCGACCCGGUCCACAGCCUCUUCUCCAUCCUCCCCCCUGAGAACGAGGGGCGGCGGUACGUUGGCGAGCAGCUCGAGAUCAUCGUCCAGAUGUACGACUUUAAGGGCCGAGCUAAAAGCUACGGUGGCGAUUUUCUUCUGGCUCGACUGCACUCACCGGAGUGCAGGGCGGGCGUGGCCGGGGUGGUGCUGGACCACGAGAACGGAUUCUACUCUGUUCGAUUCCCGCUGCUGUGGGAAGGCUCGGCUCAGGUGGAGGUCACCAUGGUGCACCCGAGCGAGGCGGUUGCCGUGCUGCGGCGGCUGAGGGAGGAGCGACCCGACAGAGUGUACUUUAACAGCUUCUACCGCCUAGGCCUUCGGUUUGAGACCACCGUAUGUAACGUGUGCCUGCCGCCCGACUGGGGACUGCUGUGCGACUACACAGACCCUCGCACUGGCGAGCCGUGGUACUGCUACAAACCUAAGACGCUCGGCUGCCAUGCCAGGAUCAACCACGCCAAGGGAGGCUACCUCAAAAACCUCACAACAAACAAGGAAGCUCUGCUCUUUCAAAGUGGAGUCAACAUAAAAGUUCCCAUCCAGGCUUCGGGAAAGAACACGAUCAAGGUGCUGCCUUCAAGGACAGGUAGGACCUCCGCCGCCAGAGAGCUUGAUUGUUUCAGGUGUUUCCAUGCCUUUCUUUGCACGGCCGUAGAAAGUGCCAUCAACCUGGAAGAGACUUCUGGGUAUUACUACCAAGACUCGUGGAGACCUUUAGGCGCCGUCGCUAUGCGCCAGUUCGACUCGUCCGCCAUCACUCAGUGUUUGAGCAACAAGGUCGUGCACAUGUACGGCGAUUCCACCGUCCGCCAAUGGUUUGAGUUCCUGGUGGAGGCGCUGCCAGACUUGAAGGAGUUCAACCUGCAGAGUCCUAAAAUGGUGGGGCCCUACAUGGCGGUGGACAGCGGCCACAACAUUCUGGUGACGUACCGCUGCCACGGGCCGCCGAUACGCUUCACCGCCGUCAUGGCCAGCGAGCUGCGCUACAUCUCUAACGAGCUGGACGGCCUGAGCGGGGGUCCCAGCACGGUGGUGGCCCUCAGCAUCUGGUCUCACUUCAGCACCUUCCCCGUGGAGGUGUACGUGCGGCGCCUGCGCCACAUCCGCAAGGCCGUGGUGCGGCUUCUGGAGCGGGCGCCGGGGACGCUGGUGGUGAUCCGCUCAGCCAACCCCCAGGCCCUGGACCAGCAGGUGAGUCUGUACAACAGCGACUGGUUCUCCCUGCAGCUGGACGCUGUGCUGCGCGCCAUGUUUAAAGGCCUGGACGUCCUGCUGGUGGACGCCUGGCAGAUGAGCGUGGCGCACCGUCACCCUCACAUCCUCCACCCCUCGCCCGUCAUCGUCAAGAACAUGGUGGACCUCAUUUUGUCCUACGUGUGUCCCUAGAAAUACCAAAGAUGGCCAUUUGGCUCUGGAGCUAAAAACGGCCUAAAACUAUGACAUCACUGACAAGGAUGUACUUUUAGGAGAAAAGUCAUACUACUAAAGUCAUUUUUACGACGAGUCGCAAUACCUGAGGAUAAAACGUAGAGUCAUCCCUCGCCACAUUGCGCUUUCUUCAACAUUUUGGCCCUAAAUGAAGCAUUUCCUAGACUAAGACGCCUAAAUAAACUACAAAAAAAAUCUAAACUACAGUUGUAUUGGCCACUAGAUGAGAGCAAACCAAUCAGAUCACACUGUUCAGUAUCGUGGCCACUGAUUGGCUCAGCCUCAAGCUGCAUUACUAUAUUGGAUUAAACAGUGUAAAGGUGACUAGAGGGUGUUACCGUAUUUUUCGGAGUAUAAGCCGCACCGGCCGAAAAUGCAUAAUAAAGAAGGAAAAAAACAUAUAUAAGUCGCACUGGAGUAUAAGUCGCGUUUUUUGGGGGAAAUUUAUUUGAUAAAAGCCAACACCAAGAAUAGACAUUUGAAAGGUAAUUUAAAAUAAAUAAAGAAUAGUGAACAACAGGCUGAAUAAGUGUACGUUAUAUGAGGCAUAAAUAAUCAACUGAGAACGUGCCUGGUAUGUUAACGUAACAUAUUAUGGUAAGAGUCAUUCAAAUAACUAUAACAUAUAGAACAUGCUAUACGUUUACCAAACAAUCUGUCGCUCCUAAUCGCUAA